CGGGGCCGCCGCCGGGGGCCGCCCGCCCGCUGGGAGCUGUCCAGUGCUGAAACCCCGCACGGACAGCCAAUCGCGCCCCGCUGGCCGCCUCCCCACAGCCCGGCUCCGCGCAAGUGCACCCGCCGAGCCCCCCGCCAGUUGCACCAUGCCGCGCUCCUUCUUGGUAAAGAAGAUCAAAGGCGACGGUUUCCAGUGCAGCGGGGUGCCGGCGCCCACCUACCACCCCUUGGAGACCGCCUACGUGCUGCCUGGCGUCCGGGGGCCUCCCGGGGACAACGGUUAUGUCCCGCACUGCCUGCCCCCCAGCAGCUACGAUGCAGACCAGAAGCCCGGCCUGGAACUGGCGCCCGCUGAGCCCGUGUACCCGCCGGCGGCCGCGGAGGAGUACAGCGACCCCGAGAGUCCGCAGUCCAGCCUGUCGGCACGCUACUUCCGCGGGGAGGCGGCGGUGACCGACAGCUACUCCAUGGACGCCUUCUUCAUCUCGGACGGGCGCUCCCGGCGGCGGCGGGGCGGGGCCGGCGGGGACGCGGCGGGCGUGGGGGACGCGGGAGGCGCCGGGGAGCGCUCAGGGCGCGCGGGGGCGCCGACGGGCAGCGGGCACCGGCACGCGUGCGCCGAGUGCGGCAAGACGUAUGCCACGUCGUCGAACCUGAGCCGUCACAAGCAGACGCACCGCAGCCUGGACAGCCAGCUGGCGCGGAAGUGCCCGACGUGCGGCAAGGCUUAUGUGUCUAUGCCCGCGCUCGCCAUGCACGUGCUCACGCACAACCUACGCCACAAGUGCGGCGUGUGCGGGAAAGCCUUCUCGCGACCCUGGCUGCUGCAGGGCCACAUGCGCUCGCACACUGGCGAGAAGCCCUUUGGCUGUGCGCACUGCGGCAAGGCCUUCGCGGAUCGCUCCAACCUGCGCGCGCACAUGCAGACGCACUCGGCCUUCAAGCACUACCGCUGCCGCCAGUGCGACAAGAGCUUCGCGCUCAAGUCCUACCUCCACAAGCACUGCGAGGCUGCCUGCGUCAAGGGCGCAGAGCCGCCCCCGCCGGCCCACCCUGGCUCAGCCAGCUGAGGCCCCAGCCUGCCCCCGCAGCGCCCUCUCCAACCCCCAGCUGCGUUUCCCUGCCCAUGGGGACUCCCAUUCCUGGGCCCCAACUGUACUCUCCAGCCGCUAGACCCAUAACUUCUGGCACUAUCUUCCCCUCCCUCCCAACCACCCUCUCACAUCUCACCCACAUCGUCCUUCCCGGCCACCACUCGGACCUUGACCCCCCAGUCCACGCCUUCAAGGCUCCCAACUCAGGCACCAGGUCCGCACCUUUCUCUUCAGGGCCCCUAGGCCAGAAAUGUGUCCUGUCCAGACCCAGCCCUUCUAACCUUCAGACUUCUCGUCUCACUUCUCAGCGGAGUCUCUGACCAUUCCUCCAUUAGCGCCCAGCCUGAGGUGCAAACUUACCCUCGAAGCCCCUGUCUGCCUCAGUUUUCCUACCCACCUGGAUGCAGACCUGCAGGACACUAUCCAACCCCAGGCCCCUCCCUAGGGCUGCUCUGCUGAGUCUUGAUUCUUAGCGUCCCCAGUCUGUCCCCAUUCCCUCCACGCCCAGGCCUUAGGUGUCCAGCUAUUCACUCACAACCCCCCCCCCCAUAUCAGUUCUCAUCCAUUUCAAUUUUGGGGGCUGCAUCACCUAUUUCCUCUCCCUGCUCUCUCCAGGCCCCUCGGCGCUCUAGCACCCCUCUGAGUUUACCUGACCUAGAGCAGACCUGAGGGGCAGUUCAGGGCCCUGAACCCUACUGUAACCCCCUCACCCUAGUACAGCCCUUCCCUGGGCUCCCAUCCUGGCGCUGCCCCCUCCCCAGAUUUUCUGAGCACUUUUCCCCGUCCCCAGGACUACAGGUACCCCUCCUUAUUUGCAGGGGGGAGGCCUGGAGCACCUCACCAUGGCCUGUCCCCCUUAUCCAUCUAGGCCCCUCCAGUUAUUUAUUUGUGUAUUUAUUUAUUUAUUUAUCUAUCUAUUUAUUAUUCUAUUUAAUCUCCUGGCCUCACCCAAGGACAGUCUGGCUUCCCCAGCUGGACUGGGAGGUCAGGGAGCCAGGCAAGGAGAGGGGCAGCAAUGGCCAUAGUGAGCUGACCCUCCCCUCUCGGUCUCGGGAGAAGCCCCACCCUCGUCAGCGCUCAGUGCAGAAGGGGACCUGAGAACGGACAGGAAGGGGCCGCCGGGAGGUCCUGUAGUGGGGCAGGUCCCCACUCUCCUGAGCCCUCCGCUCCUACUCCAGGCAGUCUGGAGACGGGAGCCUCCUCCUUUGUUUCUUAUUUCUUCCUCUUCCCGAGGGAUUCCAGGUUCCAGGGACCGAUUGAGCCCCGGACCCCGCUGGGGCCUCUGGCCCCCUCCCCGGGAGCAGCACUCUCUCCCGGCCACAUCUAUGCAACUCUCCCGGGCAGAGGGGCCGGGGCUGCCAGCCACCCGCCCAUUGGCCGCCACUACCUCCUCCUCCGCGCUUUUGCAUGCCCGGGCGAGGACUGAAGCACACGCCUCCACGCGCACGGGCCCUGGUCCCUCUGCUUUAAGCACACGCCUCUGUCCCCAGCGCUGGGAGCCCAGCCUUCGGUGGGCCGGGUGGGCGGAGUCCCGGUCUCUCCAACCCUCCGACCCUGCCCUAGCCACCAGAGAGGCUGGAGAUGGAGGAGCCCCUGCAGCAGGGGUUCUCUAGGGCUUCAGGGGGUUGUGUAGAGUUUCAUCCAGCUCUGGGCCCACUGUGAAGGGAGGCUGCAGGGAUGGUAAGAGAGAGGGGUCGUGGAAGCAAUUUGGAGGGUGUCGACCCUGUAAAUAGGAACUUCUGACAGCAAUAAUUUUCCAUGCAUGCUAAGCCUUUUGGCCAUAUUUUGUGUGAGCGCCUGGCGCUCCCCUUGUCUCCUCUUCCCCCCAACUCACCCCCAGUCCCCAUCCCUUCCCUGCCUUCAGCAGUAUUACUUGUAACGCAAUUCAGGGAUAUUAAAGGGACUUUGGCCACUCAGCAGCGCCUCUAGACCUUGUGAAUGGGAGUGGGAGAUGUGAAGAAUGGGAGGGCUCUGACAGGCAGCUAGAUGUUUCCACUCUAUUACUGUCACCUGACCAACCUGUAGCUGCUACCAGGGUCCCUAGG